AUGUCAGCAUUUUUAGGUAAGAAAAUGUUAGUAUCAAUAGGUUAGUUAACUUUUAUAUAUACAUGUUCAUAAAUUAAUAAUAAGUUUUCGUCAUAAAUUAUUGCAUAUGUAGUAAAAUUCUUUUUAUUUAAUCUCUAUUGAUUUUAUAGAUUCUAUCGUAUUUCUUACUGUUGUGGCAUUUUUAUGGGGUGUAACGAAUCCAUUUAUUAAGAAAGGAGCCAAAGGUUUAGAAAAUGUAAAAUCAUCUUCUAAUUUUGGUCAAUUUUUUAAAGAGCUUGCCUUUCUUGUUACAAAUUUAAAGUACAUUAUACCAUUUAUCAUUAAUCAAAGCGGAUCUGUAUUGUAUUUUUUAACUUUGAGUAAAGCAGAUAUAUCAUUGGCUGUCCCAGUUACUAAUUCUCUUACUUUUGUGAUAACUGCAAUGACUGGUUGGAUUUUGGGUGAAGAAAAGAUAAAUAAAUGUUGGCAUAUAAUUUGUUAUCUUUCAAUAUCCAUAAUUUAUAAUGGAAUUUAUAUAAAUUUUGAUUUUCAGAUACGUAUAUGGGGAUGAUAUUGAUUUUGAUUGGAACAGUCCUUUGUUGCUUGGAUAAAAUAGAGAAUACUUAG